CGCUUUUAGGGAGCGUUACUUCAGACCGGAAGUUAGGAGCUGCAUUCAAAAUAACAGCUGCUCCCUUACCCAGAUUUCAUUGCACAUGGCGGACCCAUGUGUUACAUGACAGCGUGAAGAAGAGAUAUAUAGAAGCCAGGUAGUGAGCACAGGAAAAUAGCAGCAUGGAAAAAGACGUGACAAAGACGCCUGGGGUAAUGGUCAAAUAUCCUAUAGGGAAGGCCCCAGAGGGCGCCAUACUUCUCUCAGACAAACAGCGCUUGGCUUUAUUCUACAAGAAGAUCAGUGAAUCUAAUGGAAUUGAGUUGUGGCCUUAUAAAUAUGGUCCACUUGGUUUGUCAGUGGCAGUCCUGGCCUCCGCAUCUGGUAUUAAUAAUCUUAUGCGCCGAUUUCAUAUGUUGGGGCGCAAAAAUGGACUUUUUCCUGCUGCAUUCACGGUUGUGGCAGCACCAGCAAUUGCAUGUGCUGUGUUUCAGUCCUAUUGGGUCGCUGAAUAUAUGAUCAUGAGCGAUGAGCCGUGUUCCACAUGCUUCAUGAUGCGGUCAAGUUUGAUCCAACUGACCACAGGGGUUGCUUAUCCAGUGGUCGGGGGCUCGCUGACCAACAUGUGCCUGGCGUAUUUUUACCAGACACGCGGCGUGCCGCCUCUGACCCAGCCAAAAAGUGUGAUGAACUUUCUCUGGACUGGGUAUAAGCCAUACACAGGGCUCCUGACGGGAAUGGUGGCAGUAAACUUAGGGCUGGCACUGUUUGUGACAUAUUCCCAGUUAGCAUCUCGCGGUGUGCUCUAUAAAGGACUCGUCAUGAGAGCAACUGAAGAACUGUAAAUAUAGGAAAUGAUGUUUUGAAAUAUUAUUUAUCCAAUAAUUUUGUUUGCUUUGUUGUUCAUUCCUUUUUAUUUGUUAUUUUUUGUUUUAUUGAUUGAUUCACUUUUGGAAGUGUGACUGUUUGAGGAAUAUUUGAAAUAGUUAUUGUCACAAAACACUAUGAAAUGUAAUUCUUUGUUUCCUCCUCAGUAAAUGUGGUAUUGAGCAUUAAAGAAAAAACUCUUCAGGAGUGAUCAUAUCGCAGUAUAAACUGAGCCCAUUGAAGUGGUUCAAUUAUAUGAAUAUUAGUUUAGCGCCUGGCCAACAAAUUUGAGUUUGUUAUCCAACUCAUAAUAAAAUUAUUCAAUAAAGUUAAAACAUUGUUUUGGUAAUAUAAUAAUUUCUUUUUUUGUGCAACUUUCAUGAGAAUUUGCAGCUUUGUUAGCUUUAUGUUCUUGUACUCAUCUUUUUCAACACGGAUAUAAA